GGGAGUUGACGUAAUCUCUUCGGUAAAUCAAGGGAUUCUAGCGAUUCUUCUUUUCGCAUGUUGUGUGCAGAUAUACAUCCGCCUUAUAUCUUUACUGGAGAAUAAACUGGUCAAGGAGUCACCGGUUGCAAUCACAGGUCCCUCCGGCGGAGGAUACCGCUAUAAUGGUUGUUUUUCACCUAGUUGGACUUUAUUACAGUUUUGGUGAUCGCGGAUUUUGAUUUAAAAAAAAAAACCAACACAUCUUGACGCCCGCUAGCUAACGUUAGUUCUCGCUACUGUCCUAUGGUGUUGUCUUGGUGAGAGUCUUCAAACAACGGAUAUACAAGGAGUCUUACUGGGAGACAGUCCUAAGCCGCAAACAUGUCUGGGGCAUCUGUAAAAGUCGCCGUUCGAGUUCGGCCCUUCAACUCCAGGGAGAUGGGCAAGGAUUCAAAAUGUAUCAUUCAGAUGCAAGGCAACACUACAACUAUUCUCAACCCCAAAGCCCCAAAGGAACCAGCAAAGACCUUCAGUUUUGAUUACUCCUACUGGUCACAUACUACGCCAGAAGACCCCAGCUUUGCAUCACAGAACCUUGUGUACAAUGAUAUUGGCAAGGAAAUGCUGGCGCAUGCAUUUGAGGGCUACAACGUCUGCAUCUUUGCUUACGGCCAGACAGGAGCUGGCAAAUCCUACACCAUGAUGGGCAAGCAAGAGGAGGGGCAGGAAGGAAUCAUUCCCAUGCUCUGUGAAGAUCUAUUUGAGAAAAUCAAUGAGGAGAGCAACAAAGAGGAGCUCGCCUACUCGGUAGAGGUCAGUUACAUGGAGAUCUACUGUGAGCGGGUGCGGGAUUUGUUAAACCCUAAGAACAAAGGGAAUUUACGAGUGCGAGAGCAUCCGCUACUGGGUCCCUACGUGGAGGACCUGUCCAAGCUAGCUGUCACCUCCUACACAGACAUCGCUGACCUUAUGGAUGCAGGCAACAAGGCCAGAACUGUGGCCGCCACCAACAUGAAUGAGACCAGCAGCAGGUCCCAUGCUGUUUUUACCAUCGUCUUCACACAGAAGAAACAUGACAGCGAAACAGAUCUCUCCACAGAAAAGGUCAGUAAAAUUAGUCUGGUAGACUUGGCAGGGAGUGAACGAGCAGAUUCCACUGGAGCUAAAGGUACCAGGCUAAAGGAGGGAGCAAACAUCAACAAAUCUCUCACCACGUUAGGAAAGGUUAUCUCUGCCUUGGCUGAAGUGAGCAAGAAGAAGAAGAAGACUGACUUCAUCCCGUACAGAGACUCUGUUCUGACAUGGCUGCUGAGGGAGAACCUCGGCGGAAACUCAAGAACAGCCAUGGUAGCUGCCCUCAGUCCUGCAGACAUCAACUAUGAUGAAACUCUCAGCACGCUCCGCUAUGCUGAUCGAGCUAAGAACAUCAAAUGCAAUGCUGUCAUCAAUGAGGAUCCCAACAAUAAGCUGGUGCGUGACCUGAAGGAUGAAGUGGCUCGACUGAAGGAACUGCUCCAUGCCCAGGGCCUGGGAGACAUCCUAGACAUUGAUCCUAUGGGGGAUGAUUGCCCAGGAAGUGGAAUCAAAUACCUCAAAGACAUUCAGAACAAUAAGCAUAGAUACUUGAUAGCCUCAGAGAAUCAACGCCCUGGCCAUUUCUCCACAGCCCCUAUUGGUUCCUUGACAGCCUCACCAUCCUCUGGAUUACUGUGCAGCCAGGGGGGCCUUCAGUCAGUCACCAGCAUUCAGGAGCGGAUCAUGUCCACGCCUGGGGGAGAGGAGGCUAUCGAAAGACUCAAGGAAUCAGAAAAGAUCAUUGCCGAGCUCAAUGAAACCUGGGAAGAGAAACUGCGAAAGACAGAGGCAAUCCGAAUGGAGAGGGAGGCCUUGCUUGCAGAGAUGGGUGUGGCAAUCCGUGAAGAUGGUGGCACUUUGGGGGUCUUCUCUCCUAAAAAGACUCCACACCUGGUUAACCUGAAUGAGGAUCCUCUCAUGUCUGAGUGUCUGCUCUACUACAUCAAAGAUGGAAUUACAAGGGUGGGUCAGGCUGAUGCUGAAAGACGACAGGACAUUGUUUUAAGUGGAGCUCACAUCAAGGAAGAGCACUGCAUAUUCCGCAGCGAGAGGAAUGCCAAUGGAAAUGUUAUCGUCAUGCUGGUGCCCUGCGAGGGAUCAGAAACCUACGUCAACGGCAAGCGCGUUGAGGAUUCAAUCCAGCUUCGUUCGGGUAACCGUAUCAUUAUGGGAAAGAACCACGUGUUCCGGUUCAACCACCCAGAACAGGCCCGAGCUGAAAGGGAGAAAACACCAACUGCCGAAACCCCUGUGGAGCCGGUGGAUUGGACCUUUGCUCAGAGAGAGCUUCUGGAGAAGCAGGGCAUCGACAUGAAGCAGGAGAUGGAAAAAAGGCUCACUGAGAUGGAAAUCUUAUACAAAAAGGAGAAGGAAGAAGCAGACCAACUUCUGGAGCAACAGCGACUGGUGUACGAGAGCAAAUUGCAGGAACUUCAGAAACAGGUGGAGACUAUUUCUCUGGUAGCUGAGACACCUGAUGAAGAAGAGUUGGAGGAGGAGGAGGAAGAGGAAGUGCCGUGGACUCAGCACGAGUUUGAGUUGGCUCAGUGGGCUUUCAGGAAGUGGAGGUACCAUCAGUUUACCUCCCUCCGUGACCUGCUGUGGGGAAAUGCCGUCUACCUGAAGGAAGCCAACGCCAUUAGUGUGGAGCUUAAGAAGAAAGUCCAGUUCCAGUUUGUCUUGCUGACGGACACACUGUACUCUCCGCUUCCCCCUGAGCUACUGUCACCAGAGCCAGAGAAAGAGCGUGACUCCAGGCCUUUCCCCCACACCGUGGUGGCGGUAGAGGUUCAAGACCUGAAGAAUGGAGCCACACACUACUGGUCCCUUGAUAAACUCAAGCAGAGGCUGGACCAGAUGAGAGAGAUGUAUGACCGUGCUGGAGAAAUGGCCUCCACAAACCAGGAGGACGGAGAGGGCUCUAUGACAGGAAAUGACCCCUUCUAUGACCGCUUCCAUUGGUUUAAACUUGUGGGGAGCUCCCCCAUCUUCCACGGUUGUGUUAAUGAGCGCCUGGCCGACCGCACGCCCUCGCCUACCUUCUCUACCACUGAUUCCGAGAUCACCGAGCUGGCGGACGAGCGCCAGAGCGAGAUGUCUGACUUGAUUGAUGAUGAGGCUUUUGUGGAUGACACCAGCUCAGAUGCUGGCACUGAAGAGGGCUCGGACAUCUUCAGUGACGGCCAGGACCCCUUCUAUGACCGCUCACCCUGGUUCAUCCUGGUGGGAAGAGCUUUCGUGUACCUGAGCAACCUGCUGUACCCUGUACCACUAGUGCACCGUGUUGCCAUAGUAACAGAGAAGGGCGAGGUGCGUGGUUUCCUGCGUGUGGGGGUCCAGGCUAUAGCUGCUGACGAGGAGGCCCCGGACUAUGGGUCAGGAGUUAGACAGUCAGGAACUGCCAAGAUUUCCUUUGAUGAUGAGUACUUCAAAAAGAAUGACUUUCCUUCCAUGGUUAUGACCCGCUCCGGUUUGUCCCUGGAAGAGCUGCGCAUUGUGGAGGGUCAGGGCCAGAGUUCUGAGGUCAUCACACCCUCAGAGGAGCUUAACAGAAUCAAUGACAUGGACCUCAAGCUGGGUAACAUCGGAGACACCAAGCUGAGUUGUGGUGAGGGUCUGGCAGGCCAGCUGGAGGUGGGCAGCAUCUUUACCUUCCGUGUUACUGUGCUCCAGGCCAGUGGCAUCCCGCCGGAGUACGCAGAUAUCUUCUGCCAAUUCAAUUUCCUGCAUCGUCAUGAUGAAGCUUUUUCCACUGAGCCUCUGAAGAACGCCGGCAAAGGAGCUCCUCUGGGCUUUUACCACGUCCAGAACGUUUCCGUUGAGGUCACAGAGUCCUUCAUUGAGUACAUCAAGAGCAAGCCCAUUGUGUUUGAGGUGUUCGGCCACUACCAGCAGCACCCGCUGCAUUAUCAUGGCCAAGACCUGAUCAGUCCUCCACUACCAUCAAGGAAAUACUACCCUAUUCCUAUGCCUCUGUCUAAACCAGUUCCAGCCACCAAGUUGAACACUAUCACCAAGUCUAACCUGGGUCAUUGCGUCAGCAAAUACGACCUGCUGGUCUGGUUUGAGAUCAGUGAGCUGGAGCCCACCGGAGAGUACAUCCCAGCUGUAGUCGAUCACAGCGGAGGUCUGCCCUGCAAUGGCACCUACCUACUGCACCAGGGGAUCCAGCGAAGGAUCACGGUGACUCUCAUCCAUGAGAAGGGAAGCGAGCUCCACUGGAAGGACGUUCGCGAGCUGGUCGUGGGCCGCAUCAGGAGCAAAGCUGAAGUGGACGAUAGCGCUGCUGAUGCUGUCCUGUCCCUCAACAUCAUUUCUGCGAAGAACAUCAAGUCAUCCCACAACUCCAACAGGACUUUCUACCGUUUCGAGGCAGUGUGGGACAGCUCCCUGCACAACUCCCUUCUGCUAAACCGAGUCACUCCAUAUGGAGACAAGAUCUGCAUGACCCUGUCUGCAUAUCUGGAGCUGGACCAUUGCAUUCAGCCUGCUAUUAUUACCAAAGACAUCUGCAUGGUCUUCUACUCCAGAGAUGCAAAGAUCUCCCCUCCCCGUUCCCUCAGGAACCUCUUUGGGAGUGGAUACUCCAAAACCCCCGACUGCAAUCGAGUCACUGGCAUCUACGAGCUGAGCUUGUGCAAGAUGUCUGACACUGGAAGCCCAGGGAUGCAGCGCAGGAGGAGGAAGAUCCUGGACACUUCGGUGGCUUAUGUGCGUGGAGAAGAGAACCUGGCCGGCUGGAGACCCAGAGGAGACAGUCUCAUCCUGGAGCACCAAUGGGAGCUUGAGAAAAUGGAGCAGCUGCACGAGGUGGAGAAGACCCGUCACCUGCUCCUGCUGAGGGAGAAGCUGGGAGACGAUGCUCCAGUGGGAACGGCUCCUACCACCAAGUCCCUGAGCGAAUUCCUGUCCCCCAGCAUGAGCACCGGCAGCCUGUCCACCUCGACCUCCAUCUCCUCGCAGAUCUCCAGCACCACCUUUGAAAGCGCCAUCACGCCCAGCGAGAGCAGCGGCUACGACUCCACCGACAUUGAGAGCCUGGUGGAUCGUGAGAAGGAGCUGGCUACUAGGUGCCUGCGCCUCCUGACACAUACCUUCAACAGUGAAUAUAACCAAGUGGUUAACAGUAUCAGUGACUGCAAGCUGUCUGACGUCUCCCCAAUGGGACGUGACCCAUCAGUGACCAGCUUCAGCAGCGCCACCCUCACCCCCUCCUCCACUUGCCCUUCUCUGUCUGACUCCCGCUGUGGUUCAAUAGACCAGAAGACCCCAGAGAACAGCUCCCGUGCCUCCAGUCCCUCUUGUUCAGACUAUGAAAACUUCCCGAUGGUUCCCUCUCUGGAGACCUCCUACCUAGCACGGGCCGGAAAGAACGAGUUCCUCAACUUGGUGCCUGACAUUGAAGAAAUGAGGCCAGGAUCUGUAGUUUCCAAGAAAGGUUUCCUAAGCUUCAUGGAGCCACGCUCCAACUCGUGGGUGAAGCACUUUGUGGUUGUGCGCCGGCCCUACGUCUUCAUCUACAACAGCGACAAGGACCCGGUGGAGCGAGGUGUCCUCAACCUCUCCACAGCACAGGUGGAAUACAGUGAAGACCAGCAGGCCAUGCUCAAGACUCCCCACACGUUUGCUGUGUGCACAAAACAUCGAGGAAUCCUCCUGCAGGCCAACAACGAGAAAGACAUGAACGACUGGCUGUACGCUUUUAACCCCCUGCUAGCAGGAACGAUAAGAUCGAAGCUGGCGAGGAGGCGCAGUGGCCUAAUGAAGAACUGAGUGGGUUGGACCGGCACACAGGAAACCGUGGCUUCCAUUGUUUCUGGAAAGCCUUUUGAACAUACCAAGUGUUAACACUUAUUAAUCAUUGUGAUUCUUGACAGUUUUCUCUUGUAAGUAGACUUGUGGCUUAAGUCUCCUUUCAUGCGACUAAAAGUUUCAGUUCCAGAGAAAUUUGCCUCCCCCUCUCCCUCCGACAACCCUCCGCCAACUUAGCUUUUCUCCUCUCGAUUUCCCGUGCCCUCUCCUACUCAGCUUUUUGUGUUUUUGUUUUUAUGACAAUGGCUGAGUCUAAUUUUGUUCCGCUUUGUUGUCAUUCCCUAAAUCCCUAACUAGUAGCAUGUUGUAAUAGUCUACUUGUGUGUGCACGAUUCUUCAGAAACUGUUCUUUCUGGCCACUAAUUUUUUGUUUGCCAAUCAUCUGUAAAGAAAUUGUCUCUAUCAGUGUUAUUUGUCUCCCGAAAGGAGUUCAAUUUUAUUUUUGGGUUGUUUCAUUUUUUUAUUAAUAUGCCCUCAUGAUAACUGCAGCAGUCCUCAGGAGAACUCCAGGUUUGCUUACUCAAAAGACAUUUAAACAAAUCCGAUAAUCUACAGUUGAAACCAUGAAGGGAAAAUAUACAAUUUUCUCCAAUUGAUGUAUUACUUUCUAUUCUGCUACAGAAAGCAAGGCUACUUCAAGAUCUAUUGCUGCUAAUGAAUUCCUAGGUGAGAUUUGCAUCAGGCCAGCGCUUCUAGCUUCCCCUCUGCUGUCUCCUAAAUGGCCUUUAGCAACAAAAUGUUAAGUCUAAAAAAAUGUGUCCCAACUCAGCAAGACCUGAGUUCAGCGCAGGAUUCCCAUGUGAUAUUUAGAUCCCACUCUUCAGUCUGUGCACAUUCACCAACGCCAACCCCGAUAGUGCCGUCAGUCAAGCGAUUACUUGCAAUCAUGCAUUUGUGUCAACGUCAAAAAUACAUGCCGACAUGCAAAAAAUAAAUGCAUGAGGAUUAUUUCAUAUCUCAGCAGUGACAACGUGACAAUGGAUUGUUCCUGCAGGAGUAGAUAUUUGUCCUUGUCCUUUUGCUAUUUCAUCUCAAGAAAAAAACAGGGUGGAGGAGGAAGAGGAGGAAGACGGACAGUACUCUUAAAAAGAGAAUUUGAUUUGUACAUACAGUCUGUUUUGGGAUCAGUGUGGUAGUUAACUUUCAUUUAAGACAUUCCUCUCAGCUCCUCUAGCAGUUUUUUUUGUCAUACUAACUUGUUGAGACUUGGAUCCCGAGAGUCUCAGCAUUUGCUAGUAUUUAGUUGAACCAUCACGCACGUGUGAUACCGAAUACUAAAACAAAACCUGGUGAAAUGGGAGGAAGAAGUAAGAAAGAAGAUUGAAUUUGCAAUGCUCUAGCCUUGACGCCGGUAGACAAGUGAUGAAGCUGCUAGCCCAUAGCCUGCAGGACAGAUAAUGUAUAGUUUAUCCCAUGACUCCCCUCACUGUAUGCUAGUGUCAGGUAAAAUGUCUAAAGUGAAGUACUUACUGUUCAGCAGCACCACAGGUUACCAUGUGUUCAUUUUCUAUUUGUGUUCUUGAAUUGAAACUCAUCUAACUCUAUUUGGGUUGACGUUUCUUUUUUUUUUAAAUUAUUAACAUUGUUUUUUCUAUUAUGCUUUUAAUCAUUCCACAGUGAAGUUUUAUACGAAAUGUAACCAAGGGCAUUUAUUUUGUUGUAACCAGCUGUGUUGGUGUUUAACCUUAUUUUGCACAUUAACACAUAUCUAUAGCAAGAUGAGGGCAGAUCACACCUGUUGAGUCCAAGAUUUUUUUCUGAGCAUCAGGAACACUGAUAAGAGCACAUACCAAGGUUACACUGGAUAGCUGUUUGUUAGACAGAAAGAAGUGAUAUUAAAAGGACGACAUAUACUCAAAGGGUUUAUUUCUGAUAUGUUUUUAUAAAAACAAAUAUUUGCACUGUACAUCGUUCUACAGCUGUUGCAUUUGGCUCCUGAUAAAUUAUGCCUCUGUCUCUUCAAAUGGUAGAAGUGUGAUAAGCACAGAUGGGAAUUAAACACUCUGGCCAACCAACCAGUAGAAUGCCUACUGUAUCUUAUGGAAGAGAAAUUAAGGUUGAAGGUGUUGAAACAGAGGCAGCCAUCGCCUGUUACAAAUAUUAGUGGAAUUAUUGGUGACAUAUCUUCAUCGUUUGCUGAUGUAAAGACCGAAAACAUUUGACUCAAGUCCAAAUAAGUAAAAAUGGCAGAGCGUCGCUGCCCUCGGGUCAGCCAACCUGAUGGGCAGAGGAACAAAAACCUGCUGAAUUGUUUCUGGGAAAAUGUAUAAUAAUAAUGAAAAACCAUAUAUGGACUGAUGAAGUCUCUAAGUGAAAGGUACCUCACGUUAACCUCAGCGUACUGUGUGAGAUAUCAAUAUGUUGCAGCAAACAUUUUCACUUUACAGACUAAUUUGCAGAGGUGUAUUAUUUUGGAUUGUGUAUUUAUUGUUUGCAAUGUAUAUAUUAGUUUGCAGCUCUUUGCACAUAAUAAUAAAAGGUUCAACUAACUGAUCAAAUAAAGUCUGUGCGGUUUAGUUGUUCUACUCGGAGUGAACCAAAAUGAUGGUGUGGCAGCCUCUUCCAGUCUGAACUGCGAGAGCGUUGAAUGUACUAUGAAGAUGUGUGUUUUUCCAUCAUUUAAAAAAGGUAAAAAAGAGAAUUACUAAAAUGUAACCCACUGCAUCUUUUUCAGAGGAGGUGAGUUACAUUAGUGCUUUCUCUUUAUUAGAAAGUGGUUUGAGUGAAGUCUGCUUUUGAUUUGAAGAAUAUUUACUCACUAUUCAUGCUAGCCAGCCACUUGAAUUAUAACAAAAUAAGGUUGGUUUUUAACUCAUUUUAUUUUUUUCUAAUAUCAGGGAAUAUAAUACAAAGUAGCUAGUGACAUCUAAAAUGACAGUAUACUAUUGUUGUGCUGGUGUCUUUCUUCACCUCAAAACUUUUUUUUUUUUUUUUUUUUUCCUUCCGUUGAUGCCUUUCAAAACAAAACUAGCCAUGAUAUUUUCCGUUGUCCCCUCUGGCUAUAACUGUAAUAUCAGUUCAACUGCAUUCCCUUUGAAUUUGUUUCACCAAAAGAAAAAGACAAACCACGACAUUAACGCUGUACAUUAUUUGUCAGACUGGUUUCAUUUUCAUACUUAUUUUGUAAAUAUCUGUGUUGUAUGGAGCUUGAAUUAAAAUGUAAAUAUGUUUACUGUAUUUGUAAUUAUUAUAAUCCAUUCGCUGUAUAGCAUAGAUGUGUCAUGCAGAUAUCCUAAUUCUGUGUAUGGUAAUCUUGCACCAUUGAACUGUUUAGUGAAUGAGGCAACAAUAAAAGUGCAAACUGUGCAUUAGCAGAACAA